AUCAUUACUCUCCAAUAUCCUGUAACUCCGUUGGCUGUGUUUUUUUCUUCUUUCGAGGUAUAUAGCAUGGCGGAAUCAAUACUCCAAGGCUUCACACAGAGUUUAUUGGAUAAGGUAGUCUCCCUGGUAGAUGAAGAAGUUUCCUUGACUUGGGGCGUCAAAUAUGAGCUCUGUAAACUGCAAAGAACUCUCGUCUCUAUCAGAGCAGUCAUUGCAGAUGCCGAGCAGCGACAGUCCGAUGAGCACAAGCUUAGAGUCUGGCUAGAGGAUCUUAAAGAUGUCUUGUAUGAUUCCGAAAAUGUUCCAGAUGAAUUUGAGUGUGAAGCACAGCGAAAGCAAGUCAGCACGUGCUUGGAAAGACGCACCACUUCUUUUCUUGCUCCAAUCCACUUGCCUUCCGUCUUAAGAUGGGCCAUAAGAUCAAAAAGAUAAGGAUGAGAUUAAACAAGAUUACAGUGGAGAAGGAUGCAUUCAAUCUUAAUAAGCAGACCAAUUUUAGCAGCGGUUCUCGUAGCAUAUGGCGCGAAACCCAUUCACGUGUUAAUGUGUCGGAAAUCAUUGGACGAGACAGGGACAGGGAUAUGAUUGUCAAGCGCCUGUUGUGCCCUGAUGCGGACAAGAACCCCUUCAUUGUUUCGAUUGUCGGAAUUGGAGGGAUGGGGAAGACUGCGUUGGCCAAGUUGGUGUGCAACGAUGAGAGGGUAAAACUUCACUUUGAUUCAAGAAUUUGGGUGUGUGCAUCUGAAGAGUUCGACCCAAAGAUUAUACUGCAAAAGAUUAUCAAGUCAGCAACUCAGGAGUCGACAAUCGUUCAGAGCAUUCAUCUUUUAGAGUUGGAGCAACUGCAGGCAAAAUUGCAAGAGCUCUUGCAAGACAAUAAAUUUUUGCUUGUAUUGGAUGAUGUAUGGAGCAAUAUUCGGGGUCAAUGGCGUGAGUUGAGGGAUCUCCUUACAGGUGCCACUAUAGGUAGCAGUGUAAUUAUGACAACUCGUAGCUCAGAAGUUACAUCUGCUGGGGGCUCUUGUUAUGAUCACAAGUUAAAAGGGUUUUCUUGUCAACAGCUGGGGGAACUGCCUAAGUGGCUACAUAAGCUCUUACGCCUGAAAAUACUAGCAAUUGUUGGAUGUGAUGGCAUAUCAACCCUACCGGAUGGAAUUCAAGAUCUCACUGCCCUCAAACUUCUAAGGAUUUCUGAUUGUAGUGAGUUGGGUGGCAGAUGUCGACCGAAUGGACCGGAUUGGCACAAGAUUGCUCACAUUCCGAAUAUCGAAAUUGAUGGUGAACAGAUCGUUGCUAGUUGA